AUGAAGAUGAAAGGUGGUACUACAUACCAAGUUCCAUUUCCUAUCGAGAAAGCUGAGGCAGAGUUCCGUGCCAUGAAAAUGAUGAGGGACAUAUGCCGACAGAAAGCCGCUCAUGGAGAAACACAUUUGAAGGAUAUCUUAGCAAACGAGUUACUGGCAGCAAGCCAGAACGAAGGGCUGACGAUACAAGCCAAGCAGGAGCUGCACAAGACAUGCGAAGCCAAUAGAGCAUACGCUCACUAUAGAUCAUAG